GGCUGGCGCCCCCCUUCCGCUGGCUGCGUCCCCGUCACCAAGGCAACGCCAGCCCCGUCGCGGGCCGUGAUGUCAUCGCCCUGCGACGCCCGCGCCCUGACAACACGCUGCGCCGUCUCCAUGGCUGCGGGGGACACGGGGAUGUACCGCAAGGAGCGGAGCGUCCCGCUGAAGAGCAGCAGCUCGGCGCUGUACAACAACCUGAGCGUGCUGCCCCUGCGCGACAAGCAGCUCACCUACUUCGCCGCCGUGCACGGCAGCAUCGUCAGCCUGGCCAGCGCCUCGGCCGACGGGCUCAGCGUCUCCCACCGCCAGCUGCAGGCCAAGGAGGGCGGCCUGGCGGUCAGCGCCUCCAUCGUCACCCAGGCCUCCUGGUGUGUCCUGCCUUCUCGAGUUCUCCUAGUCCUGACCUCUCAGAAAGGCAUCCAGAUGUACGAGUCAGACGGCUCCAUCAUGGUUUAUUGGCAUGCCCUGGAUGUCUUGGAACCACCGUCAGCCCAGGCAGUGUUUGCUCGAGGGAUCGCUGCUGCCAGUGGGCGCUUCAUCUGUGUGGGGACUUCGUCGGGACUGGUGCUGGUGUUUGACAUCCCCAGCAAGGGAACAAACAUCACGCUGAGCGAGGUCCUACAGGAGCAUCACGACUCCAUCACUGACAUCGCCUCGGAGGUCGGUGAGAACCCGGAUGGAGCUGCUGACCUGGUGACUGCAGAUGACUCUGGGGCCCUGUGUGUCUGGAGAUCCAAGGAGGAGUUCUCCCUGCUCACCAAAAUCUCUGCCUUUGGGUGGACCUGCUCCUCGGUGAAGCUGUGGAACGGGGUCAUUGCUGCUGGCUAUGGGAAUGGGCAGAUCCGGCUGUACGAGGCCACGAGCGGGGCCCUGCGUGCCACGGUCAGCGCCCACGCUCGCUGGAUCUACGCCCUGGACCUGGCCCCCCUGACGGGGAAGCUGCUGUCUGGUGCCGAGGAUUCCUAUGUCCAGAUCUGGAAACUCAGCCGGAGCCCAGACACCGGCAACAUCGAGAUCGAGCACUGCCACUCGGAGUGCGUGACUGACACCCAGCUCUGUGGCGCCCGCUUCUGUGACCCUGAGGGAAACUCCUUCGCUGCGACCGGCUACGACCUCAGCGAGAUCGUCCGCUAUGGCCAGGUCUAGGCUGCCCCGCUGCAGGGGGGCUGUGAGCACAGGGCGGGGAGGUACCUGCAGGCACUGUGUGCUGCUGCAUGUCCCAGCCCCCCUGCAGCUGCCUCCGGGACUCUGUGCAGACCCCUGGCUCCCGUUGCACAGGGGCUGGGGCCGCUGCAUGCAGCUGAGGAUGCCCCCCACCUCGGUGGAGAUCAGACAGGUGGGGGCCCAGAUCUCUUCAAACUUCAGAGUCCCUCUGGCCAGAUGCCUGCCCACAGCCCAAGGCUGCUCAUCUCCCCCCUCUCCUGCCUCCAUGAUCUUUCUUCCCUGUGGGCAGGCAGCUGCCGUGUCCUGCCUGCCACAGCUCUGUCGUGCUGGGCCCCUUGCCCAAGGCCCCUGCAGGCUGUGAUUCCCCUCUGCUCCUGUAUGGAGCCCAGAGUCUGGAGAGGUGCAGAGCCGGGCCCCCGGGCAGGCCCUGAGUUGGGGGGUAGGGACAGUAGCUGAGGAGGUGCAGAGCUGCCCCCCCCCCCCGGCAGGCCCUGAGUUGGGGGGUAGGGACAGUAGCUGAGGAGGUGCAGAGCUGGGCCCCCCCGGCAGGCCCUGAGUUGGGGGGUAGGGACAGUAGCUGAGGAGGUGCAGAGCUGGGUACCACAGGCAGGCCCUGAGUUGGGGGGCGGGCAGUAGCUGAGGAGGUGCAGAGCCGGGCCCCCCCGCGGCAGGCCCUGAGUUCGGGGGGGGAGUAGCUGAGGAGGUGCAGAGCCGGGUUUCCCCCCCCCGGCAGGCCCUGAGUUGGGGGGGACAGUAGCUGAGGAGGUGCAGAGCUGGGCCCCCCCCGGCAGGCCCUGAGUUGGGGGGUAGGGACAGUAGCUGAGGAGGUGCAGAGCUGGGUACCACAGGCAGGCCCUGAGUUGGGGGGCGGGCAGUAGCUGAGGAGGUGCAGAGCCGGGCCCCCCCGUGGCAGGCCCUGAGUUCGGGGGGGGAGUAGCUGAGGAGGUGCAGAGCCGGGUUUCCCCCCCCCGGCAGGCCCUGAGUUGGGGGGGACAGUAGCUGAGGAGGUGCAGAGCUGGGCCCCCCCCCGGCAGGCCCUGAGUUGGGGGGUGCGGCAGUAGCUGAGGAGGUGCCAUCCUUCAUUCCAAGGCAGGAGCAAACGAAUCCCUGCUGCCGUGGGGCCCACCUGGCUCCUUUCCUCCCCUGAACUCGGGCUGCAGAGAGCUCUCGCUGGGGCACAGACCCUGGGCCACUGUACAGCAGCUGGGUCCUUGCCCUGGGGUGUCUGGGGCAGGCGCAGCUGUCACCACUCUGCUUUCCAGGCCCCUGUAGCAUCCCCGGGGCCAUAGUCUCACCUCCAUCUCGGCACAGCCCCCCAUGUCUGUGCCAAAGCCCCAUCGCUACUCAGCCAUUGCACAGCUUCUGCGCAGGCCCCAAGCUCGGAGAGCAGGCAGCACCGAAUGGGGCUGGCGGUGUGAGAGGCAGUGUGUCCGAGAACACAGAGCACCUGACUGGGACUCAGGAGACAUGGGUCUGCCACGGGCCUGCUGCAUGACCUUGGGCAAGACCUUGCUCUGUGCCUGUAAAAUGGGGACAGCCACACUGCCCUCCACUGUAAAGCGCGGUGAGCCCUACAGCUGGAAAGUGCUAACUAAGAGCUAAUACCAUGAUCUGAACCGAUUUGGAUUUGGCCUCAUCCCCUCAGCUGCCUAGAAGGGGUGCCAGCUCAGUGACCACCCAGCUGGGGACAGGCAGGGCGCGCUGGCCUGACAUGGGAACAGCUGCUGGGCUCAGCUCCCCCAGGACAAGGAAGCUGCAGGAUGCGGGCUCCCCCCAGGAGCCCCUCACGGGCGGAUUGUCCCUGCAUGGCCCCUGGCUCUCAGUCCCAGAUACUGCCCCCUGCAGAGCUGCCGGGAGGAGAUUGGAGCUGGCAUGGCCUGGCUCAGGGGAGCCCCUCUCCAAGAGGGGGUGACAUGCCCCUUUGGGCACAGGCUACAGCCCCUGCUGCCCCAGCCUGCCGAGAAGGUUCUCAGGUCAUGGAGUGUUUGAGGCUGGAGGUGGGGGUCCCUUGGAAAUGCUUGUCACUCAGGGCAGGUGCCCCUCCUGCAGGGCAGUUAGUUUAGAAAACCAGGGACCCCGGCAAGCAGCACAGACCCCCCUGGAUGGCCCGAGAGGCCGGCGUUCUCCUGCUGUCGGGAAAAGUGCAUGACCUUUCCCUUCCUCUGCUGCUGUUGGGUGGGGGCCUCAGCCUGCCGCUAGCGUCUGGUGUCCUUUACCAUGGUACCAAUAGACCUAAUUAGACACAGUGCUGGAGUAGGGGGUUAACCCCGCUGGCUGGGCUAAGUCCCGUUCAGUGCCCCAUAGCCCCUGUAGUGUGUUAAACGCAGCACGCUUUGACCCUGCCGUGUAGCGUUUGUGGGGGCUGUUAAACAGCCACCAGUGCUCACCCUAGAGGUGGCUGCAUUUCACCAGUGGGUGCAUGUAGAGUGUUGGAGGUGAAGUGAAACUUGCUGUCUCUCCUCCAACCCAGCCCUGCUGGCACGAGGCUUUGAAACCCCUCCCGCCCCUCCUGAAACUGCCCCUGGGCCCGUCUGUUGUCUCUGUCUUGGCCCUGGGCUCUAUCAUCCCCUCUGCUGUGCCUGGCCCUGCAGCACGCGCAGAGGAGCAGUGCCCGGGCUCCCUGCCACUGGCAGUACCACGGCCCAGCAGCCCCUCCACAGCUUCGCUCUGGUGCCCAGGGUGUGCUGCUGCUGCCAUAAAUCAGCUUGAACCCUC